AGAUAAGAGGUCCUUAUAAGUCUGUUGAAAGAGCCGGUUUAGGCGUAGGGCGGAGGGAAGCUCAUCGAUGGGGCUACGAACUGAGUGCAGCUCGUCACUCUCUGUCUAUGUCCCCUGGGAAGGUCUGAGACUGGGGCCAUCUAGCGGCCCUAACAGGGCCCUCCCCGAGCCCGGGGAGGUGAGUUCCCAGAGAACGGGGCUCCGUGCGAGGGCAGACUGGGCAGGAGAUGCCGCGGGCCCCCAGCCGGUCCCGGCGGAUGCCUCCUCGACCGGAGCUUGGAACAGACUCACGGCCAGCAAAGAGGUCGAGAAUUCUAGGAGCAAGUGGCUGUGGGUCUCGGUACCUUGACGCUGCCGGCACCUCUGGACAUUUGGAAUGAAGGUCACUCACCCUUUCGACCAAGGCAGCAUUUUGUAACAGAAGCCGCCAGUUGAUAAACUGAUCUUACUGUGUGCUAUGUCCUUGUGUGAAGACAUGCUGCUUUGUAAUUAUCGCAAGUGUCGCCUCAAGCUGUCUGGCUAUGCCUGGGUCACUGCCUGCUCUCACAUCUUCUGUGAUCAGCAUGGCAGUGGCGAGUUUAGUCGUUCACCAGCCAUCUGCCCUGCCUGCAAUAGUACCCUUUCUGGAAAGCUAGAUAUCGUUCGCACGGAGCUCAGCCCGUCAGAGGAAUAUAAAGCCAUGGUAUUGGCAGGACUCCGGCCAGAGAUUGUGUUGGACAUUAGCUCCCGUGCGCUGGCCUUCUGGACAUACCAGGUUCAUCAGGAACGUCUCUAUCAAGAAUACAAUUUCAGUAAGGCUGAGGGCCAUCUGAAACAGAUGGAAAAGAUCUAUACUCAGCAGAUUCAGAGUAAGGACGUAGAGUUGACGUCUAUGAAGGGGGAGGUAACGUCCAUGAAGAAAGUGCUGGAAGAAUACAAGAAGAAAUUCAGUGAUAUCUCUGAGAAACUUAUGGAGAGAAAUCGUCAGUAUCAAAAAUUGCAAGGCCUGUAUGAUAGCCUUAGGCUACGAAACAUCACUAUUGCUAACCAAGAAGGUAACGUUGACUCAACCAUGUUUACACAAUCUGGUGUUUUUGGCUUCCCUGUAGGAAACAACUCCUCCAAGUUUGCUUUGGACGCUACACCAGUGCGAAAUCAGGGUGGUGGAGAUGGAGAUUUUCAGUUUAGGCCAUUUUUUGUGGGUUCCCCAGCAGCACCUGAACCGAGCAAUAGCUUUUUUAGUUUUGCUUCUCCAAACCGCGAGUUAGAGCAGCAUCAAAACCCUAGUCGGGCCUUUAAAGUAAAAAGAAUUUAGUUUACCUUUCAGGAAGCUUCACCUUUCACUUUUAGUGAUUUCAUUUCACGGGGGUAUCUUCUUUUUUGAGACAGGAGCGUCCAACCUGCUUGCACCAUUGACAUCUUGAAAUCGUCUUCUCUGUUCUCCUUACAAGAAGCUCAGUGGCAGUGGGGUGUCAAAAGUCUGGUCUCUUUUUCAGUUUCCACUAUUUACAGCACAAACAUUAUGUUAACCUCCACUUCCUGUGGAUGCUGUGCUUUCUUCACCAGUCAUGAAAAUAUCACAAGAUUGGGUGCUCUGCAGACUUUUUUUUUUUUCUCCUUUUUUCUAUUUUUAUUCUGACUUUGAGCUGUGGGUUUACAAAUAUGCUGUGAGCACCUCUGUUAAAUGUCUGCAUUGCAUGUUGGCUUCUGGAACUUAUUCAUAUUUGUGUGUGUUCAUUUACAUUGAGAUGCUGUUUUGCCUAUGUUUUUAUGCUAAGAUUCUGCUCUCAGGAAAUGACACGGAUGUCUGUGACUUGCUAUUUGGGGAUGCACAUUUAUUUGUAUUUAUUCAUGUACUUACCCUUGUUUCAGUUUGUCUGGGGAUGUACUCUUAAUGGAUAAGAGUACGAUUUGAUGCAUGUAUGCUCUAUACCAAUUUCUAUUUCAAAGUUAUUCACAUUGAUAAAGUUAUUUUGUAGGCACUGCUUGGCAUUUAUUAAAAAAUAAAAUUAUAUCACUGCU